AUGGUGGCUAUGACUGCAGCCGCUGCCACCACAGCCACAGUAUCUGCAGCUACUGGCAAAUGCUUAGAUCAGUCUCCUUGCGUGAAUUUUCCGCUUAUCUUCAAGAACUAUCAGUUUGUUUUGACCUUGGCUUUUGCUGUUGAGGAGAUCAACAAAAACCCUGAUCUUUUACACAACUUCUCUCUGGGAUUUGAUAUGUAUAAUGUUCACUUCAGAGCUUGGACAAUGUUCAAGAAUCCCUUCACUUGGCUCUUUGGGAAGUACAGGAUUCCAAACUACUCCUGUAUGAGAGACAGAAGGUCUAUAGCAGUACUGACAGGACCAUUAGGAAUGACUUCUGACCAAAUUGGGACAUUGCUGGGACUCUACAGAUUUCCACAGCUUACCAUGGGGCCUUUUGAUCAUGCUCUGUGUGACCAUCACAAGUUUCCUGCUCUCUAUCAGAUAGCCCCGAAGGACACAUCAAUAGCCACUGCCAUGGUCUCCUUACUGCUUUAUUUCAGCUGGAGCUGGGUAGGACUGUUGACCUCACAGGAUGAGAAUGGUUCAUGGGUUCUUGCUGAAUUGAAAGAAGAGAUGACCAAGAACAGAGUUUGUGUGGCCUAUGAGCUACUGAUCUCAAGCAAAGACACAUCACGUAUAUUCAAAUUAAUGGAAGUUUAUAGCAAGAUAAAUAAAUCUUCAGCAAGUGUCCUCAUUAUAUAUGGUGAUAAUGAAUCACUACUAGAUUUCAUGGUGUAUAUUGAGCAACUUUUAAUCAAAGGCAAAGUUUGUAUCAUGAACUCACAGUGGGAUUUAACAAUGAGAAGGAAAUAUUUCAUUCUAGGCUCAUUGCAUGUUCCUCUUAUUUUUUCACAACAUCAUGUAGAUGUUUCUGGAGUCACAGAUUUUAUCAAAGCAGUAAACCCUUCCAAAUACCCAGAAGACAUUUUUCUUGCUAGAAUGUGGCUUCUGUCAUUUAAUUGCUCAUAUGCUGACUCUGACUGUGUAACAUGGGACAACUGUCCUCAAGACGCCUCUUUGGAUUGGUUGCCUAGGUGUAUUUUUGACAUGACUAUGUUUGGAGAAGGUUACAAUAUAUACAAUGCUGUGUAUGCUGUGGCCCAGGCUCUCCAUGAGAUGCUUCUUCAUCAAACAGAAGUUCACACAAUGGGAAAUAGAAAAGGAACAGUGCCUUCCCCUGCACAGCUGCACCCUUUUCUGAAAAACAUCCACUUUUACAAUCCUGCUGGAGAUAAAGUGAUUUUGGAUGAUGAAAGGAAAUUGGAUCCAGAGUAUGACAUUCUGAACAUUUGGAAUUUUCCAGAAGGUCUUCAAUUUACAGUGAAAAUAGGAAAGUUUUCUCCAUAUGUUCUCCAUGGUAAUCAACUGUCUUUAUAUGAAGAUAUGGUAGAGUGGCCCACAGGAACUGCAGAGUUUCCUCUCCUGGUCAGGUCCUUGGCUGGCACUAGCUGCUUCUCUACUAUGAAACACCAAGCACACAUGGAUGGAGAUGUGAUGAUUGCUGGUUUUUUCCCUCUGAACAGUUUGGGAAUAGAUCACAAUAAUAACUAUGCUUCCAGACCAGAAGAGAACACACGGUUUAUCUUCAAGAACUAUCAGUUUGUGUUGGCCUUGGCUUUUGCUAUUGAGGAGAUCAACAAAAACCCUCAUCUUUUAAUUAACUUGACUCUGGGAUUUGAAGUCUAUGAUGUUCAAAUUAGAGCUUGGACUAUGUUUAAGAAUCCCUUCAUUUGGCUCUUUGGGAAGUACAACAUUCCAAACUACUCCUGUAUGAGAGACAGCAGGUCUAUAGCAGUACUUACAGGACCAUUAGGAAUAACAUCUGACCAGAUUGGAACAUUGCUGGGACUCUACAGAUUUCCACAGCUUACCUUUGGGUCAUUUGUUCAUGUCCUGAGUGACCAUCACAAGUUUCCAGCUCUGUAUCAGAUGGCCCCAAAGGACACAUCAGUAGCCACAGCCAUCGUCUCCUUACUGCUUCACUUCGGCUGGAACUGGGUGGGACUGUUGAAUUUACAAAAUGAGAAUGAUUUGUGGGUUCUUGCUGAAUUGAAAGAAGAGAUGACCAAGAACAGAGUUUGUGUAGCCUAUGAGCUAGUGAUCUCUAGCCAAUUAAUAUCACAUAUAUUCAAAGCCAUGGCAGGUUAUAAUGAGAUAAAUAAAUCAGCAAAUGUCCUCAUCAUACUUGGUGAUAAUGAUUCACUAAUAAUUUUAAUAAUAGGUAUUGAGCAACUUUUAACAAAUGGCAAAGUUUGUAUCAUGAACUCACAGUGGGAAUUUGCCCUGAAAAGAAGAUAUUUCUUGUUAGGUUCACCGCAUGUUCCUCUUAUUUUUUCACACCAUCAUACAGAUGUUUCUGGAUUCACAGAUUUUGUCAAGGCAGUUAACCCUUUCAAAUACCCAGAAGAUAUUUUUCUUGCUAGGAUGUGGUUUCUCUCUUUUAAUUGCUCAGCUGCUGUGUCUGACUGUGUAGCCUGGGACAAUUGUCUUCAUAACGCCUCUUUGGAUUGGUUGCCUGGGCAUAUUUUUGACAUGACUAUGUCUGGACACAGUUACAAUAUAUACAACUCUGCAUAUGCUGUGGCCCAUGCUCUCCAUGAAAUGCUUCUUCAUCAUAUAGAAGUUCAAACAAUGGGAAUUAGAAAAGGGAUAGUACCUUUCCAUGCACAGCUACUCCGUGUUCUGAGGAACAUCCAGUUUUCCAAUCCUGUUGGAGAGCAAGUGAUUUUAGAUCAGAAAAGUAAAUUGGAGCCAGAGUAUGACAUUCUGAACAUUUGGAAUUUUCCAGAAGGUCUUCAACUGGAGGUGAAAAUAGGAAAGUUUUCUCCAUAUGCUCUCCAUGGUAAACAACUGUCUUUAUCUGAAGAUAUGUUAGAGUGGGCCAUAGGAACUACAGAGACUCCUCGCUCUGUCUGCAGUGAGAGUUGUGGGCCUGGAUUCAGGAAGUCUCCUCAGGAUGGACAGGCUGCCUGUUGCUUUGAUUGUACCCCUUGCCCAAAGAAUGAGAUCGCUAAUGACACCGAUAUGAGCCAGUGUGUGAAAUGUGCAGAUCAUCAGUAUGCCAACGCACAGAGAAGUCAGUGCCUCCUGAGAGAGGCAAGUUUCCUGGGUUUUGGAGAUCCUUUGGGUAUGGCUCUGGCCUGCAUGGCUCUCUGCUUCUCUAUGCAAACUGCUGCUGUUCUUGGCAUGUUUGUCAAACACCAAGACACUGCCAUUGUUAAAGCCAAUAACCGGACACUCAGCUACAUCUUGCUCAUCAACCUCAUCUUCUGUUUCCUCUGUUCCUUGCUCUUUCUUGGUCGUCCCAACACCGUCACUUGCAUCCUGCAGCAGAUCACAUUUGGGGUUGUCUUCACUGUGGCUGUUUCCACAGUGCUGGCCAAAACGGUGAUUGUGGUCCUGGCCUUCAAGGCCACUUCCCCAGGGAGAAGGAUGAGGUUGUUGCUGGUUUCAGGGGCUCCUAACUUCAUCAUCCCCAUCUGCACCCUCAUCCAGGUGACCCUCUGUGGACUCUGGCUGGGAACCUCUCCUCCCUUUGUGGACACAGAUGCACACUCUGAACAUGGUCACAUCAUCAUCCUGUGCAACAAGGGCUCCCUCACUGCCUUCUACUGUGUCCUGGGAUACCUGGGCACACUGGCCCUGGCCAGCUUCACCCUGGCUUUUCUGGCCAGGAACCUGCCUGACACCUUCAAUGAAGCCAAGUUCCUGACCUUCAGCAUGCUGGUGUUCUGCAGUGUGUGGCUCACCUUCCUGCCUGUUUACCACAGUGCCAAGGGGAAGGUCAUGGUGGCUGUGGAGGUAUUCUCGAUCUUGGCCUCUGGGGCAGGGCUCCUAGGCUGCAUUUUUGCCCCAAAGUGUUACAACAUCAUGUUAAUGUCAAAUAGAAAUACUCUGCAUGGUUUCAGGGAUAAAAGUCAUAGUAGGAGAAAAUAA